CAGGUUACACUUCUGAGCGCCUUCUGGAAGCCACAGGGCAGUGGAACCUCUGCCAAGGAGCCGGGGGAGGUAGAGCAGGCAGGCCCAGCUUCUGUGCCAGCCCAGUGACAGACAUCAAACGUAAAUCAGGCUGAGGAUGGUGCGUCCGGGCGCUCACGUGUAUAUAGACCCGCCGGCGUGUCUAUCUGCCGUGUGGGUACCUGUCGUGUGAGUGGCUCUGGGCGUGGCUGCUCGUAGGACGUUCAGUUUCUGUAAGAUUUAUCUCGAGGGGCCUACCUUUGCCUGGCUCCAGAGGGGGAACGUAAGAAGUUUAACGGAGCCGAGUCUAAGCAGAUUAAGGGAACAGCGGCUGGGCCGGAGAGGGUGCGGACGGCAGGUGCUGGGGGCUAGGGAACCACGUCUUUGCCCCGUCUCCCCCGGCAGAAAGUCCUUUUGGCAAGAUUGGUGUGACAAAGGUGGCCCUGAAGUGCUAGAGAGCCCGGGCAAUUAUGAUCGCUGAGUGAGUGGCACUGGGCUGAGCCUGAGCAGUUGACUGAUAGAAAGGGAUGCUAGCAGUUAGGAAGGUAAGGAGGAAGCUCAGGAUGGGGACCAUCUGCUCCCCCAAUCCCAGCGGGACAAAGACUUUGGAGGUCUGCAAUGCUGACUGGAUGGCCUCGCUCCCUCCUCUCCUCCACAACGUCCCCCUUUCCAAUCUGGCAAUCCCAGGCUCCCAUGAUUCAUUCAGUUACUGGGUAGACGAAAAGUCCCCAGUGGGGCCUGACCAAACCCCAGCUAUCAAACGCCUCGCCAGGAUCUCCUUGGUAAAGAAGCUCAUGAAGAAAUGGUCUGUGACUCAGAACCUGACAUUCCGAGAACAGCUGGACGCUGGGAUCCGCUACUUCGACCUGCGUGUGUCUUCCAAGCCAGGGGAUGUCGACCAGGAAAUCUACUUCAUUCACGGGCUUUUUGGCAUCAGGGUCUGGGAUGGGCUGAUGGAGAUUGACUCGUUCCUCACACAGCACCCCCAAGAGAUUGUCUUCCUGGAUUUCAACCACUUCUAUGCCAUGGACGAGGCCCAUCACAAACGCCUGAUUCUCCGGAUCCAGGAGGCCUUUGGGAGCAAGCUGUGCUCAGCCUGCAGUGUGGAGAGUAUGACGCUGCAGACGCUGUGGGAAAAGAAGUGCCAGGUUCUCAUCUUCUAUCACUGUCCCUUCUACAAGCAGUACCCCUUCCUAUGGCCUGGAAAGAAGAUCCCAGCGCCCUGGGCAAAUACCACAAGUGUGCACAAGCUCAUACUCUUCCUGGAGACCACGCUGAGCGAGCGCUCUCCCCACGGAUCCUUCCACGUGUCGCAAGCGAUCCUCACGCCCAGAGUGAAGACCAUCGCCCGGGGCCUGGUUGGCGGCCUCAAGAACACGCUGGUCCAUAGGAAUCUUCCUGCCAUCCUGGAUUGGGUGAAGACUCAGAAGCCUGGAGCCCUGGGUGUCAACAUCAUCACGUCUGACUUCGUGGACCUGGUGGACUUUGCCACGGCUGUCAUUGAAUUGAAUGACCUCCUACAGGAGGAUAGAGCUUUGGCUAAAUGCUGAUUUAAUUUGUUAUUUAACUUAAUAUUGAAGUUGUUGAUCCAGGCUAGAGUUCUGAAGGGUUUCUUGUUAAGUUGGCCCCUGGGCAGUGAUGGUGAAGGGAGUAAGAGGAGGGGACAUUUUUUUUUUCCCCUCCUCACAGGGCCAUUUGGAUAAAAUUACAGGGCUUUUAAUUGCGUUUUUCCCAAAUGAGACUUUGUAAAAACUUAAGUCCGAGGGAAGAAAGCAUGUUUCAUGUGAUCAAGGUCAGCAUCUCCCCAAUGGCAUAUGAUGUUGAAUGUAAUAUGGAAAUGGGGUUUCCAGGUUCCAUUGGGGUAUUGAGUGUCCCCUAAUUGGCCCAGUUCCCUGUUGUCUUCUGGGAUGUUGUGUUUGAGCCAGAGAGAAGGCUGAAGCAGAAGGGCAUUCCUGAUCCAAAGGAUGGCUCAUGGCAGGUGUGGACUGCCCUGUGGGGUGGCUUUAUCACCAGCCUGGGGCUCUGAGGGGAGAAAGGUCAAGCACCAGUUUUCUCUAGGCAUGUUAAAUGUCACCACUUCUUCCCCAAGAGCAAGACGUAUUUAUCACCAAGGUAUUUCAGCCACAAGCUGUCUUGCAGUGCUUGUGCUGGUAAUUGGUCAUCUUCAUUCUUUAGAUAAACCGUGCAUAGUGUCCUCGGUAUCAGAAACAAGUGGGUUUGGAGCUGUUCUGUAACUCCUUGAAAACAAGACUACCUCGGGGACAUUUAGGAUGAUGAUGUGUCAUCCAGUGAGAAAUACCCAGUGUUGGAACACUUCCAGUUUGUGUCUUGAUUGUUCUACUUUCUGCAGGUUGUUUUGAGCCUACUAAUCACCACUGAAGGAGGGCUUUGAAACUCAAGAGGAGAUUUUUUUAUUAUUAUUGAUAAGAGGUGCUUAUCUAUAAAGAGCCCUCUUGUGUUUUAUUUAUUUAUUUAUUCUUUUAUUUAUUUAUAGAUUAAGUAUCUUCAGUGCUUCUUACCUCAAGAGCACUCACAAAGGAGCUUCCUGAACUUUUCUUACCCAGGCCAGAUGCUGCCAUGGUCCUCUUCCCCUCCACAGGACCACGCAUCUCAGGACCAUGAGCGACCUCUGACUCUACUAUAGAUGCUGUAGACUUCCUGCCCCCCACCCCACCCCAUCAUGCUGGGGACGGUGUUCAUGUGUGGAUGUGGUCCAGACCCGAGAAGCCACUACCAAGCCGUGCACUGGAACAGAAGAUGAAAUGGGUCAUGAAGAGCUCUCGGUUUUUGAGGAAAACCCUCUAGAAGAGGGAUGAAAAGGAAGGUGCUAGAAAGAACACUGGCCACGGGAGUGUGUGUACUUAUUGCUCCUCAGAACUCUCUGAGAAUCCCUAAGGAAGUGUCGUCUUCUGGAUCCUUAAGGCUGAAAGAUAACACGGAAUCCCGGACGGCUGUGUGCAUUUAUACAGAUGGUUGGACCACCUCCCAGCAGCUUCCCACUCCUGUUCUCUGAUGCUCAUGGCUGGAUCUUGCAUAUUGCCUGCCGUGGGGGUGUCCUAGCUGAGCUGCUAAGAGCACAUGCACACCCCCGACACUUGGUCUUCCAGCCUUUACAUUGCUUAAAGUAAUUUAAGCCCCAGCCGAGGAGGUCACAACGCAAAGGCCUCUGGUUUAACUGUUCCUUCUCUUGCAUUUGAAUCCCUCUCCAGAGUUGGUUCUGGGAUUUUAUUGUUAGUUUUUUAGGGCCUUCUCUGGAAAGGAGUGAGAAAGUGAGUGCCCUCACUUUCUUAAUUUUCCUUCGAUUCUGAUAUUAAACUGCAGUGACAAGCUUUGAAAUUCCCUAGCCUACCCUCAGGGUUUUAUUUGUGUUGUCAUUAUUUCAUUUUGGUCUUGAUUUUAAUACUUGGUCAAUUGCUAGGGACUACAUCAUUUCCCUUCUUUAAGCCCUUUGUUACUUGGCAAAGAGAUACGGAGGCAAGAGGAGAAUUAUUCUGCUCUGUUUUAUUUGAGCCUUAGCUUUGCCCAGGAGCUUGGUGCUAUGAGGCCAGGUGUGUUCACAGGUAUCUACACAGGAUGCCAGUGACACCCAAGGGCUGCUGACUGUUCAGUGAAAUGUUUACUUGAUUUUCUCCUUUAGUGUUAAAAUAUAUAGUUGCACUUCACUUGGGUUGUAACAUUUAAGUGCACCUCGGCGUUCAUGACGAAAAAGCACAGAAAACCAUACCAAGGUCGCGUGCCUGGAGUCUUGCUCUUUGUGGAGGGGGCAGGCGCUCACUCCUCCCUGCUGCUUUGGGUUGCCAGCCUGGCCUGCAUUCUGAAAUUCUGCACAGGAGUUCUGGAAGAUAGGAGGAGGAUUAUUUACAGCUCACCCUUGGUAAACACCCCUGAAUUGGCAGAAUUUCUGCCCCAAGACCAAGUUGCUUAAUAUAUUGUAAAGAAUGUGUGUAUUCUGCUCCUUGACCUCAGGCCAAGCAGGAGACUCAGUGAUGGGACCGAGGGAAAAGGCACUUUAGGUCUAUGACUCAUUCUGCAACUGCCAACAAUAAAAAACUGUGACCUGAUCACAUCAUUUAUUCUCACAAGGUCUUGGGAUUUUUCGGAUCAAACAAGGCUAUCCUAUUUGCUCAGAAUGAACUUCAAGAUCAGCGAAAAAGCUGCUUGGUUGAGCAAAAGAGGACUUUAGUUUCACGGGAUUUGGGGCCACGUUCAUUCUGAAAUGUAGACUGAGUUUUUCUUGGGCUCCCAGGACCACUUCCCACAUGGCCACACCUCCAUGGCUUCGUGGCAAAGGGGACAGUCACAGGUUGCAGUUAGAGUAGAGCAGUGUUUAAAGGCUUGAACUUUGAGCCUUUUAGAGGUACCACCGUGGUUUCAUGGGUACAGAAGAUAUUCUUAGGAUUGGAGAAAGAGGUCAAGAUGGAAUUGAUGGAAGGGAAUGAUAAAUUAUUGAAGAUUAAACUUUAAAUUAAUGGCAGAUCUAAGAGGGUUAUGCCAAAAAUAUUACGUAUUUGCUGUAUUAGACUCUAUAGUAAUUAAGUGUCAUUAUUUUCCUUAGUGCUGAGUGCAGACCCCUGCAUUCUUGAGAACAGUUAAGCCACAGCCCAAACCCAGGAUUUUAUAUAAACGCAAACAAAAGCACAAGAUCUGAGCCCAGGUAAUGAUCACCCUUAAGAAUCCUACUUCUUCUAACAUGACCUUAUAUUUGCAUCAAAAAGUUUAUCUUUCUGUUCAAGAAGACAAUGUAGUGGAGCAUUCUGGAAUUAAAUGCAUUUCGUGGUGGGUCAGGAUUUUCUACUUUCAUUUUUUCUGAAAUGCUGCCCACAGAGACAUUAUUAUUACAUACAAUCCAGCUAGGGGGCUUAGUGCUAAACUAAAGGUGGAGAAACAGAAGAGAUUAAGCCUGAGACGAAACUUUUGCUUCCUAGGAAGCAAAAGCACGACACAAAUUUAGGCCAUCUUACAGAAUUAGUUCAUGCCACAGAUGCAGUUUUUGUAAUGGCUUUCAUUGGCUAAUUGCAGAUUUUUGCUGUUAGGUUCUGGGAAACGGAACGGGCUAAUGAUGGGGGCACAGCCACGAGACCCCCCUCCCCUUGCAGAGCAGAGAAGCGAUCCUGGGCUAAAUCUGCCUUGGUUCUUUCAUCUGGAAUAAAAAUGCUGUCUGCUGUUUUGCAAACCACAGUCAACUAGCUCCCCCAAAACAUCAGGUCCCUAACAAUUAGGUUAAAUGCCUGUGCGCAGAGCGUGUACAGGGGCAGUAGUCUUCCUUGUGUGAGAUGUGUAGAGAAAUGCUACUUGGCUCAUUUAUCAAGAGAGUGGCUUAGGACGACAGACUUGUCCACCAGUGGCACCUUUAGUGACCCGUCAAAUGAGAUGAGUAGGGCUGAAAGCAAUAUCUGAGCUAGGGAGGUGAGCUUUCCCAAAUACAUGCUAAAUGGUCACGUUAUGCCAAAAGGAAAUAAAUAGAAACUGAAAACAUAAAACGUCCAAACUGACAGGAAGUUUAUUUUGUAUGGCAUAGAACGUGGCUGUCCCCCUAAAUUCCGCCAACUUCCCUGUACAUCUCGCCCCUCUACCUCAGACGGCUUCCUGUUAUCUGCUACCAGAGCUGUGUCAACUCAGAUGUUGCCUUGGGACACACAGGAGUGAACUGAUGGGGUGAUAAGUGAAUUAGCUGGAAACUUUACCCUUAAUUCCAAAUGAUAGUGAACAGGUCUUUACUGCUCCGAGAGCUCCACUGUCCCCUUAUCCUCUGGCUUCCCCAGAGUCCUACUAGAAAUAGUGACACUAAUGGCACUGUCAUCACUGAAUUGGCCCUAAACCAGGGGAAUAGUGUACAAAAUGCUAUUGAUGUUGUUGGCACAGUCUUAGACACUAUAAGUAUUCUAAGAUAACUCUUUCUAUCCUGCAGUGGAUAUAGUGUUCUAGUCUUUUCUCCAACAAAACUUGUUCUUAGGACUUUUCAAACUCGUUUCUAAGCCUCAUAGUUUGGAUAAAAUAUUUUCCUUCUCUUCACUGGGAAUCCAAUCCCACAGUCUACUGAGUACCCCCCAUCAAUAGUCUAGAGGCAUUUUCCAUCUCUUUCCCUCUCAUCUCCGUCAUAGAAUAUACCACUGCCUCCUCUUGUCUCCCGGUCAUCCUUGAUCAGCUGCUGAUUACUGUUAAUCACAGGAUGCUGGCAAAACUUAACAAUAAAAAGCACAUACAUUCAAUGAUGUGCAAAUGCACUCUUACCACAGUGGUUUUCGCACCUUACUCUCCUCAGAUGCAUUAUUCUGCACCCCUACUCGCACCCCAUCAAUAGAACUUUACCUGAUUGGAGCCCAGACCUGGGGCCAGUACUUCAUUCAAAUAGUUGGGGCUUGCUCACAAACUGAGCCCAACGAGAAGCACAGCAUUUUGAAAAGUCAAAUAAGCCUUCCGUAGCUUUGUACGUUUGCAGUUUUACAUUUGUUAUUAGGUUAGAGCACUAAUAACACUUCAGUCAUAAAUCUAUCGUAUCAAUAUGAUAAAUCUUAGAACAUAUUCUAGAAACAGUGGUACCUUACUGCUAUUAUACUUACUAAUUUCCACCCUAAUGGUAAUAAGUAUUACAUGCAGAUCGUGUAUGCAUUAUUUGUAUUGUGUAUAUGCCAACUGUAAUACUUAACCUCACUGAUAAGAAGAUACAGAGAUUGUCAAAGUGAAAAUAAAUCUUGGUCAAUUCAGAUGAUAAUGUGAAUCUGAUAAAUGCUCUGUUAGAUAUUAUAUUUUCUUCUUUAUGCUUGUUUUAUAUGACAAUGCAUGCUGUUUGCUAAGUAAAAAAAUAAUACAUUAUACCAAUUUUAAGGUUAGAAUGAAAAUUUUACAUAUAUGCUGCUUGAUACUGUGAAAUGUAUUUUGUGGCAUAAUAAUCUUAUUCAUAUGCAUUUCACAUGGCUUUUUUUCCCCCUAGGAAAUAACUGUUCAAAUAUAUCUCUCUCCAUCUUUCUGGUAACCUGGAUUAAAGUGCUUAAUUCAGCCUAAAACACUGUAAAGCCAGAUUACCUCAUUUUAACUGUGAAAAAAGUUUAGUAGAUAUGAUGACAUGAUAUCUUUUCUUGUAUUUGAUUUGAACUACCUAAAUAGGC